AUGGAUUCACCAACCGCAUGGAAUAUUAAUGAUAAACGUAAUCUUAUAAGACAAAAUUCAGACAGGCUUAUAGUGACUUAUAUAGGUCUGGGUGGAUAUGAAAAGUGUGCUGCAAUUCGAACAAAUUAUCCUAUUCCUGAGCAAUGUGGAUUAUUUUAUUUUGAAGUUGAUAUUAUAAAUAUAGGGGAAAAUGG